AUGAAACAAAAUUCCCACUUUCUGUCUCUCGCUCGUAAAAACCAACCUGAGAAAUCUCAUAAAAAGAGAGAAAAAAAACAAACAAACAAAAAGACAAUAGAAAAGACAGCCGCCGCCAAGAUCGUGUUAUUACGACGAUUUGACUUCCUAUCCAUCGCAUCUUCAUACGUACCUACCGAAGUCGUUAAGCUCAUUAUCUAUCUAUCUAUCUAUCUAUCUAUCUAUCUAUCUAUCUAUCUCAUUUUAUUCAUAUCUAUCUAUUUAUCUCUGUAUCUAUUUCACUCUGUUCAUAUACUAUGUAUGUAUGCAUCUAUCUAUUUCAGUCUGUUCUUAUUUAUCUAUCUAUCUAUCGACAUGAUAUUCUGUUCGUAUCUAUCUAUCUAUCUAUCUAUCUAUCUAUCUAUCUAUCUGUUUCAUUCUUCUCUCUUUCGUCUUCUCCCAGACCGUGAUCUAUCUAUCUAUCUAUCUAUCUAUCUAUCUAUCUAUCUAUCUAUCUAUUCUCGUCUGUUCAUAUAUCAGUCUGUUACUAUAUCAUCUAUCUAUCUAUCUAUCUAUCUAUCUAUCUAUCCUCGUCUGUCCAUAUAUCUAUCUAUCUAUCCACGUCUGUCCAUAUAUCAGUCUGUUCCUAUCUAUCUAUCUAUCUAUCUAUCUAUCUAUCUAUCUAUCCUCGUCUGUUUAUAUAUCAGUCUGUUCCUAUCUAUCUAUCUAUCUAUCUAUCUAUCCUCGUCUGUCCAUCUAUCUAUCUAUCUAUCUAUUCUCGUCAGUUUAUAUAUCAGCCUGUUCCUAUCUAUCUAUCUAUCUAUCUAUCUAUCUAUCUAUCUAUCUAUCUAUCUAUCCUCGUCUGUUCAUAUAUCAGUCUGUUCCUAUCUAUCUAUCUAUCUAUCUAUCUAUCUAUCUAUCUAUCCUCGUCUGUCCAUCUAUCUAUCUAUCUAUCUAUCUAUCUAUCUAUCCUCGUCUGUCCAUGUAUCAGUCUGUUCCUAUCUAUCUAUCUAUUUAUCUAUCUAUCUAUCCUCGUCUGUUUCUAUAUCAGUCUGUUCCUAUCUAUCUAUCUAUCUAUCUAUCUAUCUAUCCUCAUCUAUCUAUCUAUCUAUCUAUCUAUCUAUCUAUCUAUCUAUCUAUCUAUCUAUCUAUUCCCCGUCAGUUUAUAUAUCAGCCUGUUCCUAUUCAUCUAUCUAUCUAUCUAUCUAUCUAUCUAUCUAUCCUCGUCUGUCCAUGUAUCAGUCUGUUCCUAUCUAUCUAUCUAUUUAUCUAUCUAUCUAUCCUCGUCUGUUUCUAUAUCAGUCUGUUCCUAUCUAUCUAUCUAUCUAUCUAUCUAUCUAUCUAUCUAUCUAUCUAUUCCCGUCAGUUUAUAUAUCAGCCUGUUCCUAUCUAUCUAUCUAUCUAUCUAUCUAUCUAUCUAUCUAUCCUCGUCUGUCCAUAUAUCAGUCUGUUCCUAUCUAUCUAUCUAUCUAUCUAUCUAUCUAUCUAUCUAUCUAUCUAUCUAUCUAUCCUCGACUGUCCAUAUACCAGUCUGUUCCUAUCUAUCUAUCUAUCUAUCUAUCUAUCUAUCUAUCUAUCUAUCUAUCUAUCCUCGUCUAUAUAUCAGUCUGUUCCUAUCUAUCUAUCUAUCUAUCUAUCUAUCUAUCUAUCUAUCCUCGUCUAUCUAUCUAUCUAUCUAUCUAUCCUCGUCUGUCCAUCUAUCUAUCUAUCUAUCCUCGUCUGUCCAUAUAUCAGUCUGUUCCUAUCUGUCUAUCUAUCUAUUUAUCUAUCUAUCUAUCUAUCCUCGUCUGUUUCUAUAUCAGUCUGUUCCUAUCUAUCUAUCUAUCUAUCUAUCUAUCUAUCUAUCUAUCUAUCUAUCUAUUCUCGUCAGUUUAUAUAUCAGCCUGUUCCUAUCUAUCUAUCUAUCUAUCUAUCUAUCUAUCCUCGUCUGUUCAUAUAUCAGUCUGUUCCUAUCUAUCUAUCUAUCUAUCUAUUUAUCUAUCCUCGUCUAUAUAUCAGUCUGUUCCUAUCUAUCUAUCAAAAAUAUGA